CUUUGAGAUUUGGGUAAGUUUUGAAGAGUCGGUAGUGGGGGAACCUAGAGUCGACUACGCGAGAACCCAUAUUCAGCCCUCUAGGAACGCAUCAACCCCGUCCUUGCCCAACAGGAGCUUCACAGCCAAGAAUGUAAACAACUGGGUCCAAAACGCUUCCAGCAGAUCGCUUCUACAAUCGUUCAAAUCCAGAGAAGACUAUAAUUCUGUAUCAUAGUUGAUGCUUUAUGAUUUACUCCUGGUAACAGCAAAAUUUUCAAAGCUAACUAGAGAAUUGUGAAGUCAGUCAGUCAUGGAGGAGAGUGGAGAGCCUAACGAAGUCUCUAAGGAGCAAGAAAGUUGUGGUAGAGUUAGUUUUCGUGAGGCUGACCUAGCAUAUCUCGUGAUUGAUAAAGAGAGAAUGUUCCCGUUAGCGGAAUUGCUUGCAAGUCUGUUCAACAAUACGGCCCGGACUACGUUAUUCACAAGAAUGGAAAAAAUCGAUACUCGCAGACAUUUUUGCAAUGCAGAAGAAAUUAAGUUGCUUAAAACGGUGAAUGGGAUCCAUGGAUCUUCGGCCAUUUGUACCCUAAUUCCUGAAGCAGAUGUCAAGAAAUACUGUGGCGUGUAUGUUGAUCGAACUAUAGAUCUGAAGCAGUUCGCUAAAGGCAAGAAAACAAGAAAAUUAACAGCCAAGGAUAAAGGAUCUAGGAAGAGCAAAGUUUCAGAAUCUAGCAAAUCAACGAGUGCAGUCAAUAAUGACGAAGAAAAUCAGAUGGCAAGGAACACUAGUGACGACAAAGAUAACAUUAUUAACCCGUUGAAGAAAAAAAUACGAAAUACUAGCAGUAAGCGGAGGGUAAACGGUGAAGCUAAAGUGAAAGACUCAAGGAAAGAACAAAACAAGCUUUCUAACAACGAAUCGCAAGCGUUACUUGGCAAAGUAUUGGACGGUAAAGAUUCGCAGUUGCUUAGUUUAUCCGAACAUGUGACUAAUGGCACACAAACCGUUUCUUUGUUGAGCGAACCUGUGGUUAAACCAAGAAACAAGAGGAAGGCAAAGGAUUGCAAGAACCAUAUCGAACAAAACAAAAGACCUCGAGACACAGAUGAAGUACUCAACACGCUCUAUCCGUCUUCGAAACCUUCGACAGAGAACAGUGACGGCAACGAAGGAGAAGUGGAUAGCCGUUGUUCGUCGACGGUCAGCUUAGAAAAUUCGCACAGCUCUUGUUUAAACCAGUGUUUAACUAAUGCAAAUUCAGAAAUUUUAUUUUCUGAUUCUUCGUCAAAUGACAGUGGUUUCGGUUCAACUGCAACCCUUGGCUCGACAUGUAGAGAAACAUCAAGUUCGUCAGCGGCAAGGGGCAAACCCAACGAAAAGCUAGGUUUAGCAAUGCCCAAGAAAAUAAAAUUAACUCUGCCCUCUCCAACAAAACUAGACAAAAAUAAAGCAACGAAAAGAAUAAAGCUACAAAAAGGACUUGAUUGUAAAAACAUGAGUAAACAAGUCGAUCCUAGCUUAUCACCCCCAGCGUUAGUAAUAAAGAGACAAAAUAACACUUGGCAAGUUGAAACUAAGACAGAAAUUGAAUCGAAAGCAAAGAUUCCAAGGAAAAUUCUUAAAACUGCGAAGAAAAAGCUGAAAUGGUCGUCGGCAGAAACACUGAAGUGUCGGGCGCUACAUUUAGAAAAUGGAACUUCAAAUGGACAGACCAUGUCGAAAAACGAAAGGCGUAAGAAACAACAGUUUUCCGACAAGGCGAACGGAGCGCUCAGUGAGGAGAGGAAUGCAGUCAAAAAGAAAAGGAUGGGGCAAAAGAGACCGAGGAAUGGAGCACUUUUGCAAGGUUCAACUUUAGACCCUUUUACAGCAAGCAAUGAUCCAAUGACUAAUUUUUAUUUGAAAGGCAAAAACAAAGGCUUGGCUAGGAAAUCAGGAAGAAAGAAGGACAAACAUUCUGAAAAAAUGCGGAUAUCCCAGACUUUGGAUAAAGUUAAGGUAGCGCAUUCAUCGAAUAUUGCCAUGACAACGAGCGCAGGAUCUUCUCUAACUUCAAGCAGCAAACGAAUUUCCAAUGCAAGUAAAACUUUUAAAGUAAAUAAGAAUUUCAAAUUCAUGAGUUCAUUCUCUGGAUUUCCAUUUCUUAGUAUGAGAGAUGGAGACUUGAGUCCUACUUAUAGUAUGUCUGUUCCAGAUAAUAUCAAAAAACCUUCAUCACUUCCACUUUGGAAAUGGCACUUAGGAGCACCAGUUGUUAGACAUGAUCCCAAGGGAAAAUCAAAUUUUACUUAAGUAGAAACAGUAGCCAAACAUUAGACAAAGAAGCUAUAGUUCUCAGCGGCUCAACAUGUUUGUAUGAUAUACACCACUCAACCUGCAACACAUGUCUAGAGACAACAGUGAUAAAUCCCAUACAGUCUCUUAUACAUUGCUAAGAUGCUUUCAUAAUAUAUUCAGCUCUAAUGCUCUGAAUCUUACUAGAAGAUUUUGAUUUUUCCUAUGAUUAUUAAUAUGAAAUGACAAUUGCAUGUUGUUUUGGCUUGAUCUAAUACCAACAAGCUCAAUUUAGCUAUUCAUUGAAAGACAUUUAUACUCUGUGCAGUCAUAAUUUUGCCUUUUAUAACCCAUUUACUGAUGAUCGCAUACAAACUUCAGUUAUGUUAUUUAUAUAUAUAUAUAUAACAGUUAUGAAAUUCAUUAUCACAAUAUCAUUGCUACAUUGCAAACCAUCUUUCUAGCAAGUAUCUCUAAAUUAUAUAAUUUUUCAGCUUAGAAAAUUUCACAACAUUGAACAGCAUAAUUGUUGAUCUUUUUCCUUAAAGAAAGAUAAUUCUUGUAUCCUCUGUAUAGAAAUCCUUUGAAGUAAAUAAGAUUUCUGUCUUGUCUAGAUUAUAAUGAACAAAAUUGUUUACGAUUUACAACAUCUGAAUCUGCACUAGACUGCAUAGCUUUGAAAUGGCUUUUUCAGUGGCAGGAAUGUAUUUAAUGAUUUUAAGUAAUAUUCUUGAAGUUAAUUUAAGAUAGCUUGCGUUUAACGUUUAGUUAAAUAUCAAGAAUUUGAAUCGUUUAUAUGGCUUUACAACCUUGCUCCUCGUUCUGCUUUGUUCUCCACUCGAUCUGCCUGCGUUUACAUGUAACUAGGGCAACUUUGUCACACUUUUUGGACCUUGUACUUCAUAUUAAACUAUCAAAACUUUAGACAUAAAAUUGGAAGAUCUUACGUAGACUGUGAAUUAAUAUUAAGAUCGUAAAUUGUUUGGAUAAGCAGUCUACGCGGUCACAUACGGUGUGGAAAGUUCGUCUUGAUGAGCUUGACUAUUAAAGUUCUAGUUGUUCAAAUGUGAAACACAUGAGUACUAUUAAAUGGUUUAAAUAAAUUGGAGGGCUUGAAGUGUAAAUAGACCGGCACUAAGACCAUAUCAGUUUUUUAAAACUUUUUCAAACAAUAAUUUUCAAAAUUUGUAUAUGUAAAUGAAACUGUAGAAGACACGCACUGAUAAUAUAAAACUCAUGCGAUAUUGA